AUGUCUCUAGAAACAUUCUCAUCGAGAAUCUCGGAUAAAGAAAAAGCGCUUGAGCUUUUCAAUGCGUAUGAUCACUUUAUUUUCGAUUGUGACGGAGUUAUUUGGCUAGACGAUACUCUUAUUCCCGGUGUGUCUGAGUUCUUGGAGAACCUUCGAAAAAACGGCAAAUCGUAUAUCUUUGUUUCUAACAAUUCUUCAAGAUCAAGAAAUAGUUACGUGGAAAAGUUGGAGGCUCUUGGGAUUCCAGCAGUCACAAAGGACCUUAUUUAUCCAACAUGCUAUGCUGCUGCCUUGGUUCUAAAAGAAACUUUGAAGCUUCCACAACACUCAAAAGUCUGGGUUUUGGGGGACGAGGGAAUUGAACAGGAAUUACGGGAAUGCGGCUACAUCCCGCUAGGUGGUAGCGACCCUCGCCUUGAUGUCGAUUACUACCCAGAGCAUGAACUUUUGGAGGUAGACCCAGACGUAAAAGCUGUUGUUGUUGGUUCAACGAAGAAACUCACAUACCUCCGUAUUUCGACCACACUUCAGUAUCUUUUGCACGACAACAAGAGUCUUCCAUUCAUUGGUACCAAUAUCGAUAAGACAUAUCCCGGACCAAAAGGAAAGACUAUGCCUGCUGGUGGUGCCAUGGUGUUUUUGAUGCAGCAUAUUAGCGACCGUGACUUCAUCAGUGUGGGAAAACCCAGUAUGGUGUUUUUGAAUAACAUUCUUGAGCUGACCGGUUUCGCUAGAGAAAAAACUAUAAUGGUGGGCGACACGUUAUACACGGAUAUUAAGUUUGGAAACGAUGGCAAGCUUGGGGGUGGCAAUGGCUCUUUGUUGGUCUUGACUGGUGGGACUAAGGAACUGGAUUUGAAAAAACCUGCUGAGGAUUCAUCUUUGGUACCAACCUUUUAUAUAGAAUCCUUGGGCCACCUCCAAUCUUUAUUGUCUGAUGAUAGACAGGCGUAG